AUCUCAAUUUUAGCUCAUUGUGUUUACAACACUCAAUUUGGAUUUCUCGAUGGAACUUCCAUUUCUGUAAUGAUGACAAAAGUUUUUCUUUUAUGUCCCGAAGCAAAUGUGAUUGAAUUAAUUGAACGUUUUUUCAUAAUAUUUUCAACUUGGAAUUGGCAAGUUCCUCUUCGAAUAAAAAACAAACAAAAUAAAGAAGUGAAAGAAGAGAAAAAUAUUAUAAUUUACACUACAACACAUCCUGAACAUUCAAUUACGAGCAAAAUAACAAAGACAAAUCAACAGAUUAUUUUGAAUGCAUUAUUAUUUGGCAAUUAUCUUAAAUUAAUUCCAUAG